UCCAUUUUCACUCUUCCUUUCGAGCUUAGCCUUUUUCUCUUUCUUAGAGAGAGAGCUAUAAAAAUCCACGCGAUUCCUCAGCCUCCAUUUUAACUCUUUCUUUCGAGCUUAGCCUUUUUCUCUUUCUUAGAGAAAGAGAGAGAGGGAGAGAGAGAGAGGAGAGAAGGUCGCCAUGUGUGGAAUACUUGCGGUGUUUGGUUGCAUAGAAAAUUCUCAGGCCAAACGGUCCCGAAUCAUCGAAUUGUCUCGGAGGUUACGCCAUAGAGGUCCUGAUUGGAGUGGGUUGCAUUGUCAUGAGGAUUGUUAUCUUGCUCAUCAACGUUUGGCUAUUGUAGACCCCACUUCAGGAGAUCAGCCACUCUACAACGAGGACAAGACAAUUGUUGUCACGGUUAAUGGCGAGAUAUAUAACCACAAGGAAUUAAGAGCACAGCUGAAGUCGCAUCAGUUCCGGACUGAUAGUGAUUGUGAAGUCAUUGCCCAUCUUUAUGAAGAACAUGGCGAGGAUUUUGUGCACAUGUUGGAUGGCAUGUUCUCAUUUGUCCUUCUUGACACGCGAGACAAAAGUUUUAUUGCCGCUCGGGAUGCUAUUGGAAUUACCCCACUUUAUAUGGGCUGGGGUCUUGAUGGUUCAAUUUGGUUUGCUUCUGAAAUGAAAGCUUUGAGUGAUGACUGUGAAAGAUUCAUGUCAUUUCUUCCUGGGCAUAUAUAUUCUAGCAAGCAAGGAGCACUGAGAAGGUGGUACAACCCACCCUGGUUCUCAGAACAAAUACCUUCAACUCCUUAUGAUCCAAUAGUUCUUCGAAAGGCUUUCGAGAGGGCUGUUGUGAAGAGACUUAUGACGGACGUACCAUUUGGUGUCCUCCUCUCUGGCGGCCUGGACUCAUCACUUGUAGCAGCUGUGGCUUCUCGCUACUUGACUGAAUCAGAGGCUGCUUGUCAGUGGGGAUCUCAGCUACACACCUUCUGCGUUGGUUUGAAGGGUUCUCCUGAUCUAAAAGCUGCCCAAGAGGUAGCAGAUUACCUUGGAACUCGCCAUCAUGAGUUUCACUUCACUGUUCAGGAAGGCAUAGAUGCAAUUGAGGAAGUCAUUUACCAUAUUGAAACAUAUGAUGUAACCACUAUCAGAGCUAGCACUCCCAUGUUUCUUAUGUCUAGAAAAAUUAAGUCUUUGGGAGUGAAAAUGGUUCUUUCUGGGGAAGGUUCUGAUGAAAUUUUUGGGGGUUACUUAUAUUUCCAUAAAGCACCUAACAAGGAGGAGUUUCACCAAGAAACAUGUCGGAAGAUCAAAGCUCUUCAUCUUUAUGACUGUCUGCGAGCGAAUAAAGCAACUUCAGCUUGGGGGCUUGAGGCUCGUGUUCCCUUUUUAGACAAAGAAUUUAUCAACAUUGCUAUGAGCAUCGAUCCAGAAUGGAAAAUGAUCAGACCUGAUCUCGGAAGAAUUGAAAAGUGGGUCUUACGUAAUGCAUUUGAUGAUGAUCAGAAACCGUAUUUACCAAAGCACAUAUUAUACAGACAAAAGGAGCAAUUCAGUGAUGGUGUGGGGUACAGUUGGAUUGAUGGCUUGAAGGAUCAUGCAAACAAACAAGUAACAGAUGCAAUGCUGAUGCACGCAAGCUUUGUUUAUCCUGAAAACACUCCUACCACAAAAGAAGCAUACUAUUACCGGACUAUAUUUGAGAAGUUCUUCCCCAAGAACGCUGCUAGAUCAACAGUUCCUGGUGGUCCAAGUGUGGCAUGUAGUACCGCCAAAGCUGUGGAAUGGGAUGCAGCAUGGUCAAAAAAUCCCGAUCCAUCAGGCCGUGCUGCACUCGGUGUUCAUGCAGCGGCAUAUGAGGAAUCAUUGGGUGAUAAGGAUGCCAAUGUUCUGAGUGGAUCUCCCCAAAAACUAGGAGGAGGGAUUGUAGGGCAAGCUGCAACAGUUGUUUAAUUUACAACUAUAAUACUUUAUGAAGUACUUGUCAAAUGAUCAAUACUUCCCAGUUUUGCUCAUGCUGGCAAAGGUCUUCAUUCUCUGGCAGCUCCUCCAGGCGAACUGCAGUGCUUCUUGGAGUUUGGACCAGGAAUUAACAAACUGUUCGUUGAUUUACUUGAAGGCCUUCUUUGGUUCUACAUUGUUGUGUGUUGGAGCUUAGGCUAAUGUUCAUUCCAGUCCUUCCCCGGGCUUCUUUGUAAAUUAGUAAUGAACAUUUCAAGUUAUGUCAUCAUGUAAUGUUUGACCCCUAUAAUCCUUUAAUGAAAUACUCUUUGUUUUUAUGUA